GGAAGGGGCAGUCUCCCCUGCUCUCUGAGGCUGUGCGGGAGGAGUCGGUGUCUGGGGGUCCCCGGGCUGCAGCCUGCCCUGGGCCGUGGAAUGCGGUUUGGUUCCGGUGCCCCGGUCAGGAGGGCACCAUGGUGCAGCUCUACAACCUGCACCCAUUCGGCUCGCAGCAGGUGGUGCCCAGCAAGCAGGAGCCGGCGCUGUUCUGCUGCGGCCGGGAUGCGCUGCUGGUGGCCUGCGCGGCGGCCGGCUGCAAGGUAGAGGCGUUUGCCGUGGGCGACCAGGAGCUCUGCGAGCCGCUCGGUUGUUUCAACACGCUGGGCCGGGUGCUGCACAUGGCAUACAGCGAGGCGGGAGAUUAUUUGGUGACAAUUGAGGAGAAAAACAAGGCCACCUUCCUACGAGCUUAUAUGAACUGGAGAUGCAUGUCAACAGGGAACACUCGAGUUUGUGUCCGGAUGGUGGGUCACAAGAUGGAAGAGUCAUACAGUGAAUCUUCUAAAGUCCAGAUGUCAAUUGUGGAAAUGCCUCUUUCAGAUCCACCAUUGUGCAUUUCGUGUUGUCCUGUAAACGGAGAUCUUCUUGUUGGCUGCAAAAAUAAACUGGUCAUGUUCUGCUUGAAAUAUCUUGUCAUAAAUCAGGAUCUGACUGUAUUGGAUUUUAAACUUUCCUUAAUUUUGCACAUCGAUAACGUCACCCCUACAGAAGUAGCAUUUUGUGCUGGGUACAUAGCUCUAACAACAGAGUUGGAUGUUUUAAUCCUGAAGCUGGAACCCAUUCAUAAAGGUGCAGAUAAUACUGAACUAUAUGCAGAUAAAGUCAGAGCACCAGAAAAGCUUGUAGAUGAAGGUGUAAAAGAUGAAGUUCCUUCAGCCUUUUCUUCCCAGCAUGAAUCGGAUGACUUUGUCAUCUGUCAGAAGCCUAUGGAACUACUUGGGGAGGAAAGCAGACUAUGCGGAAUACUGGUAACACUGGAAUCCACGGAGUUAGCAAAAGAAGACACAGAAUAUUUCCAAGUGCGGUACCUCCUAUACAGACGUUUUACUCCAGAUCUGUCAUCUUUCGUCUUCUCUGUUGAAGAGACCAAGUUGCACUCUCUACAGCUACUGCCUAUGUAUCAGACAGGAAGUUCCAUGGCAGUCAAUGGAAAAACCGCAGCCAAGAAAGAAUUGCUGUGUGUCUUCUGUUUUUUCUCCUUGCCGCAUGUUGGGUAUCUCUAUGCUGUUGGGAGCUUAGUAGAGCUGCUUUCUACCUAUCAGUACUCGGAAAAAUCUCAGCAGGCAGUUCUUACCCCACAAUUCCUACAUGUUAUUACAAGUAACAGCUUGCAGUGUUUCACAGUACGAUGCAGUGCAGCGGCAGCUCGUGAGGAGGACCCAUACAUUGAUACAACCAUGAAGGCUUGCCCACCUGUGUCUCUAGAUGUCUGCGCAUUAAGAAUGCAGCUUUUUAUAGGGCUGAAAGCUAUUUGUCACUUCAACAACCAUGUAAUUCUUCUGACUAAGGCAGAUAGUGAAGAUAUUACUGAAAGAAGAAAGCCUCCAAGAAGGGUCCUUUCCAGAAAGGCUGAUAGUGUCAAACUCAAGACUCCACCUGAGUCAGAACCUGGCUGGAAUUUAUAUAUUGUGAAUACUAUUUCAACCAUCCAGCUUUACAAAGAAAUGGUAGAUUACAGUAAGACAUAUGAAAAUGUAAGAACGGAGAGUUGCAUCCAUCUUCUAAGUGAGGCUCACUUGUUAGUUAGAGCAGCUUUAAUGGAUCCCAGUCUGAUGGAAUCAGAAGAGAAAGAGAAGCUCCUGGCAGCAUUCAGAGAAAGUUGUGCUCACCUAGGAGACUGUUACAGCAGGUUUAACACUAAGGAUGCCCAUCUUGCCCUGCCUUACUACAAGAUGUCUGGCUUAUCCAUAACUGAAGUUUUGAAGAGAAUAGACUCGGUGGUAGAGGGUGGAACACAGAAAUAUGAAAAAGGAUUUAUCUUUUACUUAAAUCAUUCUCUUUAUGAAGAUUUAAAUGAAGAGUUAAGCAAAGAAUCAGCAGCCAAAGUGCUCCAAAUAUUCCAUCUUGCUGAACCAAACCAGCUGCCCCAUGUGCUCUGCAGUCCGUGCAUGAAAAAUGUAUGUCCCUUGAUGGCAAUGGAGCUUUUGCAGAAAGUGGAACUGAUUGUGCCAUCAGUGGUAUUGACGCUAACCAAAGCUGCCAUGGCUCUAAAAAUGGGAGACCUAGAGGCAUAUAAAAAUGAGAUGGACUGUUAUACAGAGAUGAGACUGGCAUAUGGCUUUAUUGGGGAACCAAGACUUCUGAGGCAGCAGAGAGAAGGGCAAAUUGUUCCGACCGAACUUGCCGUUCAUCUGAAGGAGACGUGGCCUGGGUUGCUGGUGGCUUCGAUGUUGGCUUUACACGAGAACAGUAAAAUUGAAUUGGAAGAAGCAGACUCUUACUUCGAGAUGCUGUGUGGGAAGAAGGAAGGUACUAACCCUCAGCUCUUAGUAGACUUCUGGGAAGCCCUCCUUGUAGCAAGCUCUGAGAAAGAAAUACUCCAGGAGCUCUUAUUCAAGCUUACUUCACAGUACAUUUGGAGACUAUCGCGGAAGCAGCUUCCUGAUACCAAACCACUGAAAACAACAGAGGAUCUGAUAAACUCCUGUAAUCAUUAUGGGUUAAUUUUCCCUUGGGUGACCUUCAUAAUGUCAUCGGGACGUACAUGUGAUAAGUAUCCUGAAGAUCUUUCAAAACUACAGUCUCUUUUAUGUGGUCCAUCAGUCGACAUAGCUUCAGUUCUGCCUUUCUUGGAGCCAUUAUCAGAAGACAGUAAUGCUGGUCUCAGUGUCCAUGUUCUUUGCACUACGGGGGUAGGAGAGUAUGAGAAAUCCAUUGACAAGCUCCUAGAGAAGUGUCCUGAAGCACUCCUACCAUAUGCCCAGCAUGAGCUGAAAGAUGAAAAUCGGGCCCUAUGGUGGAACAAACUGCUUCCUGAACUUUGUAAACGAACCAGAUAUGUUGGAGAUGACUACUCCAUUCUCAUCUCAUCGCUGAAAGAAACUUUAUCAGUUGUUGCCAUGGAAUUGGAGCUAAGGGAUUUCCUUAAUGUUCUACCAGAGGAUGGGACUGCAGCAUUUUUCCUGCCACAUCUACUUCAGUGCAGCAAAAGGAAAUUGGUGACUUAAACACAAUGCAAAGUGUGGACUUGAAAGCACUGGAAUAAAUAGACAAAACUAAAUGGUGGAAUUGUACAUGAAAUAUUGUGGGAGUCCAUCUACUUGCAAACUACCUGGGUAUAUUGUAAAAACUGGCCCCUCUGGGUUGUGGCCUUAUUAUAUGGUAUAAUGCAAUGACAAUCACCACUUGAGGUUGAGUAUCAAUUUUGUAGAUGAAAGAAAAGUGUUUCCAGUGAUAAAAUGUCACUGAUACUGGCAAAUCGAAAGAAUCCCUGUUUAUCCUAUGGAACUGAAUAUUGUGGUGUUCAGCCAAAUAGUUGAUGGAGUUCAGACAUUUCCUGAAUGAGAAUGUAAAUUCUUAAUGGAGAAAAAUAUAGCCAGAAGGAAUAUUGUACUACUUAAAGUUGCACAAAAUUCUAUCCCACUGUAGUGUUCAUGUAAAAGUGAAGCAGGGAAUGGAAGCUGUCACUCUUGGAUCCUGUGUCUUCAGCUAGUUAGGCCCCAAUCCACAAAAAUAGGUAAGCUCCUGGGUGUCUUUAAGCAUGUGCACAGUCUCAUUGACUUGUUCUUCCAACUGGAAUUUCUAGAGACUUAUUAUGUGCUUAUAGAUAUGCACAUGCUUGAGUAGUUAAAUUGAGUUCAGGUUGGAAGAACAAGUUAAGGGGACUGCUUGCAUGCUUAGAGUUAUGCAAGACUUUGCUGGAUCAAGUCUUAUUCAUCAAGUGUGUAGAAAGUGGUUCCCAAGAGAAAUAACUGUUUUCUGUAAGUAGGUGACAGAUGUUUCGGUAAGGCGUCGCAGAUGUUUUCUGCUGUUAGUGAUGGGAGAAGAGGAAACUAUAUUCAGUCUCUAAUGAACAACAAGCAUCUUCACCUCUGGUUCACUUCUUUCCAGCUACAUUAUUUUCUAGAUGGACCACCAAACUACCUGUCUGAUGUCUUUGUUUUUACCGUGUAUUUUGAAAAGGGGUCUCUCAACUAUAAGGUCAUUUUUCCCCCCUCUGUUCUGAGUGGAAAUGCCUUGGUCUUUCAACUGCAACAACUACUAUCAGGAUGAUUGUAUGAACAGUGAUAAUUAAAGUUGAGUAUUUCAUUUUAAUUGUAUUAAACUGUUUUUCCAAUAUUCUUCAAUAGAGAGAAGAGUUCUUUUAUACAAUGUUACUAACAACUCUAUUCUAAACAGCUGUGAGCUAAUUGCAGUCAGACUAUCACAAUAAGGAUCAACCAUCUGAGAAUCUAAUUAGCUGACUAAUUGGAUUUCAUAUUGUAGUAGAGAGAGCCUAGAGCGCUGGGCUUGGGGCAAGAUUUGAGGCCUAACCCAGAGGCUGUGAACCAAGGUCAGGCCACGUAUUAAAGCAGAUACUUACACGUCCACUGUCCAGUACAUGAACUUGGCAAAGUUGUUGCUAGUGUACUAGCAACUAGAUAUUUACAUAAAUAUAUUCCAGCUAGUACAGAUACAUCCCAAUCUAGUACAAGAUAAGAUGGUUUGACAAAAUAAUGAAUAAGGAUGUUUUAUGCAAGAUAUCCUGAACAAGGGGAGGUAACAAACAGAUGUAAUGAAAUACAUAAGGUGGUAUGUAAACUAUAUUCCAAUUGUUUCUCAGCCUAUAAAUUUCAGGAUACUUUGUCUAAAUCCUUUGUCCAGCUGAGGGGGCAGCUGAAAGUCCUGCUGCUGAUUGAGCCGAGUCCAUUGUAAUAGGCAUACACGUGUUAGUGUACCUGUAACCAUGAAGCCUGGGCACUAGUACCGUUCUUCAUUGACAAUAAACUUGGCCGAGCGCCUUCGUCACCAAA